UCUAGGCUCAGCAACACAAAGGACACUGAAAGACAUGGAUAUCCUAGAGAUAGAUGCCCAUUACAGGAGAAAGGUUGCAGCUAAUACAAGGAGCCUGCUGUUUAAACUGAUGCCUUUCCUGAUCUCCUGCGUUCUGUAUUUUGCCCUCCUGCUGCCUGAGCCCAGCGUGCUGAGCACCAUUGUCAAGUGCCUCCCGACCCUUUCCCUGGCGUUCUUUGUGAUCCUCCAGUCUUAUAGCACAGAGCUCUGGAAACCCUACGCCCAGAGGAUAUUUCAAGGGCUGCUCUUCUCAGCAGUGGGAGAUCUCUGUCUGGUGUGGCCCAAGCUUUUAAUCCUAGGAAUGGCUGCCUUUGCCAUGUGUCAAGUCUUCUACAUUUCUGCCUUUGGCCUUCGUCCCCUCUGGCCACUCACCUUCCUCCUCUUUGUGGGGCUGGGGGCUGCAAUUUAUAUUUAUUUCCUGCUGCCCUGCCUGACAGGCCUGUACGUCUGGGCUGUGGCAGUUUAUGGUGGCCUCCUCUGUGCCAUGGCCUGGCGGGCUCUCUCUCGGCCUGCCCAUCGGCUGAGUACAUCUGUCGGCAGCCUCCUCUUCCUUGUGUCCGAUGUCUUCGUUGCUCUCGACAAGUUCUGUUCUUCACUCCCUCAUGGUCGCGUCCUUAUCAUGAGCACCUACUACUCAGCCCAGGCUCUUAUAGCUCUUUCCAUAGCACCUCAGAAUAAUCACUGGAAGAGGAGCUGAGGCCUUGGCUGGGAGGGAGGCAGUCUAGACUGAGAGAGAUCCUAAGACUCCUGCCUCACAGCUUCUCUGCUCAGUUAGCCUGUUGGACAGCUCUCCAAGAUUCUCCACACUGAUUCAUCCGCUUCCAGACAGUUCCACCAAACAUACCUCAGGGCGCCAGUGCCCACCAUGACACUUAUGG